AUGAUUGACAGGUUCGGGUUCUUCAUGCAAAUAUUUCCUCCGCUCUUGCUUGUUCUUUUUAAGAUGCUUAUAGCACCAGUUAAUGAAGGGAAAAUAGCAUCUAUGAUGCUUGCACGAGCAACUGCAAUCUUAUGCCAAUGGCUGAUGGGCCCAUGUUUAGUUAAUUCUAUUGAUCUGGAUGAUGGGUCAUCCUGCUCCAGUGGCGUCUUUGUUGAGAGAUGCAAGUAUCUUGAGGAAAAUAAAUGUCUGGGAGUAUGUGUCAUUACGCUGCCACCCUCUACCUUUAGGUGUUCUCAUAAGAACUCGAAUCACUCAACUGCAUUCAACUUUGGGCUUCUUCCUCCACCGGCAGCCAGUGACAAAGCCCUCACAGAACCUUGCUUGUCAAUAUGCCCGAGUGCUAGCCGCUGCAAAGAUCUUGGUACCAACAAGUUUAAACAAUGUCCUACAGUUUAA